AUGAAAAGUCCAAACGAGGGUAACGUAGAAGUCUCGCAUCGGGUAGAGGAAGACGGUUCCUCAGUGGAAAAUGAUGUUGAAAUGGAAAAUGUGGAAGACUCUUUGGUGGCCAGCAAAUUUAAAAAGUCCAGCAAACAUUACCACCACGUCCCAAAGAUCUUUCGAGACUCCAUUUCGGUUCUUGUUCCCAUCGAUGUUCGAGCUGAUCUCAAAAUUGCCAUUCAAAAAACUCGACAAAAGAGAAUUCAGGGCAUUUACAAGCAGUUUCCUUCCCUGCGAAAGGAACCGGAAAAGGCUUCACAAGAGGAGGGCAUGGCAGCCGACGAAGAUGAUGACGAAGGAGAAAAGGCAGAGACUAAUGAGAAAGAAAAGAAGAUCAAGAAGCAAACCGACUCUGAUGUUCCGGCGCAAGUUCCCCUCAGAGAGCAAUACGGGUCAGUGAUUGAUUAUUUGGAAGCCAAAUAUGCCAAGGGGGUCAUGUUGGAAGAUGAAGAUGAAGAAGAAGUUGUAGACGACGGGUCAGGGGGUCAAGGAUCGGUCUAUUCUGAGGGAAGCUUUUUGGACGAUACUGGUCUGCAGCGAGAUGUGGCCGAGCAAGUGAUGGCAAACACCACUUUGACAAAGUUGGAAUUGGAAGAAGACGAUGCUGACUUUUUUGUCAAUGUUGGUAAUCUGGAAGUGGAAGGCAAUGACUAUGGUGAAAACUAUGAUCCAACCCAAGAUAAAGACAGCCGUACUGCCAAGAAGCGCAAAAAGCCAACCGCCAGUUCGUCUGCCGCGGCCGGCACGAAACAGAAGAAACUCAAGCCAGACAGUGUCUCUGACAACUCAAAAGGCAAGAAGACUGCUUCAUCGACCGGAAAGAAGGCACCAGGGGAUGUAAAGGGAGUUUCUGCACCCGAUGAAGCCACAAGCGACCCAGAGGCUGCGGCAAAGGCAGCCAAAGACAAGAUUGAUGGACUUUUCAAGAGGAUGGUUGCCAUCAUCAAGAAGAUCAGGAAGGAAGACUUGCCCAGACGGAAAACUACUGCAAAGGUUUCCCUCGUUUGUCCCGAAGACAAGAAACCUGGCGAUAGCAUUACAUUUGCAAAUCCUCAUGAUCCAGACCAGCGUUUGCGAGUUCAGGUUCCCAAAGACUGUGCUCCUGGAAAUGAUUUCAAAGUUACAGUCCCGGUCAAGGCACCUGAAGACGAUGGCGUCGAUCACAACAAGUUCCCCACCGAAUUCAAGGAUUUGCUGGACGACUAUGCUCGAUCUUAUGACGAUUGGUGCCGGGCUCACCACGUUGUUGAACCCAGUUUCAAGGUUUUCAAGGAAAAGCAAGCCAAGUUUGAAAAGCUGUGCAAAGAGUUUCCUUCUACUCUAGUGACCAAAAUUGACUCGGAUUACUUGAAAAAGAUGGUCAGACGAGUGCGACAAUACAAGAUCAAGAAACGAAAAAAGGCAAAAGAUCAACAGCAGCAGCUGCAGCAAGAAGCGCAGGAACAACAUGUCAAAGAAGAAGAGCCAGAAGAGAAUGACGAUUCCGAGGAAGUACAAGAAACGCCAGCAGCAGUCCAACAAACCAUCAAUAUUCCCUCUGCUGGAGUCGAAUUUCCCACUCUCACGUUUUCAGCGGAAGACUUUGAAUAUAUUGCCGAUGAAUAA